GAGAGAGAGAGAGAGAGAGAAAUAUUUGAAAAGUAGUUGAAAAGGAGUCCUCUCUUGUUUUUCUUUCUGUGUAUUUUGAGAGAGAUUUCAAGAAUUUAAGUUGCUUUGGAAAGCCGGUUGCCGUAGCAACGUGGAGGAUGUUUUGAUAUUAGAGAAACAGAAGGCGAUGGAGGAAGAGGAGAGCGAGACUACUUCCUGGUCUCCAGUGCAGAGAGAGAGGCUCUUCACUUUUACAAGCAUCUCCGAUAUCUCAGGGAAAAAACGGAAGCAAGGGACAGUGACUGGCAAUGCCUCUAGUGUCCAGCUCCCCGAAGACAAGCAGGUGGAUGAAGCCAUUGCCGAUUCUGGAACAGGAAAAGAUGCAGAGGAACCCAGCAACAAGAGGGUUAAACCGGUUUCCAAGGGAACGGGCCUGGCUAGUCUCAUGGGCCCUGUCAAAUCGACCUCGCUGAAGCGGAUUGGACAGUCUAUUUCAAGGUCAAUAAGUUUCAAGACAGAGGCUCGUCCGUUCCCUGCAGCCCCACUGCGUCCGAGAGUGAAGAACACGCCCUCAAAGCGCAGAAACAGCCUUCUGUGGAGCGACACGGUCGAAAGCAUCAGCGAAGAGCUCUCCGCCAAGGAGAUCAAACGACAGGAGGUAAUAUUUGAACUCACUCAGGGGGAGCAGCAGCUGGUCGAUGAUCUCAGUUUAGCCAAGAAGGCCUAUUAUGAACCAAUGCUGAAACUGGACAUCAUGACAGAGAAUGAAUUGAUGCAGAUAUUUGGGACGCUGGACUCUCUGAUCCCAAUACACGAAGACUUGUGGAACAGGCUACAGACCCUGCGGGGUUCCGAAGGCACAGUCCAUGAAGUUGGGCCGACACUGAUGGAAUGGUUCCCCUGCCUGGACUCCUACAUCACGUACUGCUGUAACCUGGUGGCAGCCAAGGCCCUGCUGGAUCACAAGAAGCAGGAGCGCCGGGUUGACGAGUUCCUCCGGCUCUGCCAGGAGUCUUCCUUCAGCCGCAAGCUGGACCUGUGGAACUUUCUGGACUUGCCUCGCAGUCGGCUCGUCAAGUAUCCCCUGCUGCUGAAAGAGAUCCUCCGACACACCAGCAGUGAGCACCCGGACCUGCCCCAUCUGGAGGAGGCUAUGGAGCUGAUUCAGAGGAUCGUUGGGCAGGUAAACAGUAAGACCGGGGAGGCUGAGAGCCAGUACUAUCAGAGCAGUCUCUGCUUCCAGGACGACAAUCAGAGGCUCCCUGAAAUCCAGCGCUCCCGCCUGCUGCACUGCCACGGGGAGCUGAAAAACAGCAAGGGACAGAAACUGCAUGUGUUCCUGUUUGAGCUGGUGCUGGUGCUCACCCGGCCAGUCAGCCACAGCGAGGUGCUGCAGUUCCAGGUCUACAGACAGCCCAUUCCCAUCGCAGACCUGCUGCUGGAGGAGCUGCCUGACGGGGAGGUGGGGAUGGGGGGCUCCUUCAGGGGAGCUUUCACCUCCACCAAUGACAGAGCUAAGAACUUUUUCCGUGUGAGCUCCAGAGGGCGUUGGAAGGGCCAGGCUCACUCUCUACAGGCCAGCGACUCGUUCAACAAGCAGCAGUGGGUCUCCUGCAUACGACAGGCGAUCAUUUCCUUCAAGGACCAGCUUAACUCCUCCCAUCGAUCCCUCCUAAACCAGUCAGCGGACAGCUCCCUGGACGACAUCGCCGACCUCAGCAUAGACAGUGAUGAAAAAGUGGGCGUCGACGUGGAAAUGAGCUGAUUCUCAUAGGAUGAGACCGGUCAUGUGUGUAUAUGAUUUGCAGAAACAAGAAACAGUAUUUCCUCAGGUACGAUUGAGCUGACUUCCAGACCUCAACACAUUUUUCACACCAUGAUUUAGACAGCGUGCAUCUACUCUCUAUCCCACCAGGACACCUGGGGAGAACUAAAAUACUUUCAUGUACAACAACGACAGCACCCAAAAAAAUGUCCCUAUCUAAUCUCACGUUUUUAUUUUGUAUUUUUUUACUGAUAAGAUUAAAUUCGAAAGGUGUACAGGUCUUUUUCAGGUAGCUGGUGAUUCUGAGGGUUACAUCAGUGUGUUUCUUCUUGGAUUUUCAUUUUCUAGCUCUGUUUAAAAAUGUUUGUUUUAAAUUCUUCAGUCACUGGUGUGAAGCUACCUUUUUUGAAUUGUUCACAUCUUUUUUUCAAAUGUAACCUAUUGUCCACUUUAUAGUGCUUGUUUUAUUUACUGAUAAAUAUGGCAUCUGUUGACCUAAUGCGGCCCAGGCAUACACUGCACACUGAAGACAGGGAUGAUGUGAGAAGUCAGUAUUUAAAAUAUAAGGGAGGUACCUCACACUGCUGCCUGGGGAAGUUCUGUCUUCUCGGGCAAACCUCUCCCGAGGACUCGGCGGUGGCCGUCCACAUUCUUUUUUCGCCACAGUACUUAUUUUAAAGAAAUAACAUUCUAAAUUCCUUUUUCUCCAGAGUACUUCUAUUUUCACCAGAACAGCUGCUUUUCUCGUAAGAUUUAAAAAGAUAAAACAAACACAUUUCCUACUCACAAAAUGAAAAGACAAUGUUACAGUCAAUCUUAUGGAGUCCCAAUUAUAUAGACAUGUCAUGGUUUACAAAAGAUAAAACUGAACUGAAUACAAAAUAUCCGCCUCACAAACAUUUUUUUUUUUCCUGACGAAAAAGAUUAGACCCUCGCGAAAAAGGAUUGGCCUCACGACAAAAUAUUCUUUCAAGAUCAAUGGGAAUUAUGGAAUGUGCAUAUCUGAGAGAAUCUUAUCAAUGUAACUGUGUCGCAUGCCUGUUUAACAGCAUUUAGUAUGUGUUUAAAAUGAUGGGCUUAUUAAUCAAAAGCAAGCAGCAGAAAACAUGUAAGCUCUUCUUCACAAAAGCACACUUCCACUGAAUACCUGCCUUUGCUGUAAUAUAAUACACAAAUGUUUAUUUAAAUGGCUAUAUUAACUUUCAAAUCUGUAUCUUUAUAAUUGCGAUGAUCUUUGUCAUAAAACUGCAUAUUUUUCUACGGCAAGAAUUUUUUUUUUUUGGUCCUCUGUCAUUUUGGAUAUGCUUCACCCUGCUGGACCACGUGCAUCAAAGCUGUUCUGAUUGGUCAAUUCCCUAGUUGUCGCAUGACAAAUUGCAAGAAAAAUAUGAUUCAAUUGUGUUUAUUUUGCGUCGCUCCAGUGCUGCCCUGGUGCUGCUCCUGCGUCACCUGUGGUGUGAAAGAUACUUAUCAAAAAGUAUAGGUUCUAUUCAUUUUGUCUCUUAGUUGCAGUUUCGCUUGUCACCUGGUGUGUAGCUGCCUUAACAGGCUGUAGAAUUCACAAGACAAGCAUGCUGUUGACUGUGCUCUGUUGAGCUGUAUGUACUGCAAUAUCAUCUUCCACAGACCCCAUAGAGCUUGCAUACACCAUUGACAGCACAUAACUGGGUGUGGCGCAUAAUACUAUACUUCAAAUUGCUGUUUGUAAACUAGCAGGGAACGUGCCUCAGAUCUAGGAUCCAAUCACUGAAAGAUACUUGUACUGUGUAGUACUGACAGCAUUUUACUAACUGCAUCAGUCUGGAGUUGAGAGGCAUACAUGUGCUGUAGUUUUACUGUUUUGCUUCAAGGUGUCUGUGGGCAAAUUGCCCAUGUAAUAAAUGUACUAUGGAGGCAUAAUUAGCAUGCGAUUUGCCCAUUGGGGAAAAUUUAGAUCAAUAAGUCAUAAUGAAUUGGCAUCUCAGCCCAUUGAAUUGAAUGGAAUGGCAAAGACGAACACUUUACCUUUUAGCUAAGCUUUGUAGUCAAGAGGCAAGUACAGGUCUUAUACUGAUGUCAGUGUUAACUCCUGAACUGCUAGGAGAGUCAUUACAAAGUAUUAGGAGUGCGUAGCUACAGUACUUCCCUUUUACAUGUUUUACAUUGUUAGGUAUUAUACAGUAGCAUAAACCCUUUUACAAAUGAGUUACAUAUAAACAAAGCAAAGCAUUGCCUUGUUUUGGUACUGAACACUUGGGUAGACAAGGGCAAUCAAUAGCAAUCGGAGUGUGAUUUAAUAUAGACUCGUGAUCAAACUGAAACCACUCCUUUGAUUGUUAGUCUUACCUUUCUUGUGUCCUUCUGAUAUGAAAUCAUUUUGUUUCACUUCCUGAUUUUCACUUUCCUCGAUUCCCUAUUAAUGAGUCACCCAAUAUGCGCAUCAUUGCAGUGGAUUGUAGUCCUGGGGAAGACUUAACCUCAGAUUUUUUUUUUUUUUUUUUAAAUUUAGUCGUCGCCAAUUUUUUUACCCUGGUUUUCACCCCAAUUUAGCAUGCCCAAUUAGUAUCUGUAUCCUCGGCUCACCGCUCGCAACCCCCCCGCCGACUCGGGAAACGGAGGCUGGAACACGCGUCCUCUGAAACGUGCUCCUGCCAAGCCGUCAUUUUUCGCACUGCAGAUCCACAGCAAUGCCACCAGACCUAUAGUGCCAGAGGACAACACAGAGCUGGUGGCUCCACUGCAGAACCACAGGCGCCCUAUCGGCCACAGGGGUCGCUGAUGCGUGGUGAGCCAUGGAUUCCCCUGCCGACCUAAACCCUCCCUACCCGGGCAGCGCUCAGCCAAUUGUGCGCCGCCCCCUAGGAACUCACGGUCACGGUCGGCUGUGACAUAGCCUGGAUUCGAACCUGCGAUCUCCAGGCUAUAGGGCACAUCCUGCACUCUGUGCGGAGCGCCUUUACAGCAUGCGCCACUCGGGAGCCCUAACCUCAGAUUUAAACUCGACAAACAACUACAUCUCCCAGUAUAGAACACCUGUAGAUAAUUCUGUCAGUGAUUACAGUGCAGAAGUGAAUUGCCAUUGAUUGGUACUCAAUUGUAUAGAUGAAGGGAAGAAAGGCAGCUUUUCUGGUUGUGAAAUGAACACAUUUUUAAAAGGCUUGUUUGUUUGUUUUACCAUCAAAAACAUGUUAAAGGAAAAUGCGUGUAAGCCUGAGUACCUGCACAUCCCUGUUUUAUAUCUCGUGUAUUACACACCAGUGCUGCGGCGACACUGAACGCUGAGCAGUUUGGUAGCCAUGGUAACUACUCUUUGGUGGGGUGCUGUUUGGAGAUGAGAGUAUUUGAAAUGUUUAUUCUUUAGAAAUGUUUUGUAAAGAGUCCUGUGUGUUCUAUUUUUGCACAUUUGGUAUUAAUAAAAUGAAAAGUAUUAGAUUUUUAA